UAUCUUGUUUCUGGUCAAAACCUUAGUUAGUGUCGUACUAUCUGCUUUCCGUGGCACUGUUGUUUAGUUAUUUCAGUGUUGCUGGUAGUUGUAUUGUAGUAUUAUAUCCGUUUUGUAAAGCAUAAAGCUUUAAGCUGAUAGGAAAUUGGAGGAGCGAUUGGGGUGAGAUGAUGAUGAUGGUAAGGAUAGGGAUGUUUUAUGGGGAACUGGGUUCUUCUACUCUUUGUUUAUCCCAUCGCUGCAAUAACUCUACACUUUCACAUAUACACAAACAUCCCUCUCCUCUAAUAUCUCCAAACUAUGCUGCUACUCACACUCACAACAAACGAUUAGUUGCUUCUGCUUCUUCAGCUCCAUCAGUUAGCGGUUCAGGUGCUGAAUAUUCCGAGCAGAUGGUGGAUGUGGGAGCAAAAAAGAAAAAGAAGAGUAUAGCAGGCAUAGAUCAGGACGAAUUAGUGGAUCCAAAGCUUUUAGCUGAUCUAGACAGUUGUUUUUGUGAGUUCAAAGGAGUGCAUAUACACCACAAGAUAUGUGAUGCCGAAUCAAAAGCACAAAGCACACCCCAGAGUCGGACUGUUUCUCAUCAAAUCAAGAAGCUAGGUUAUCCUAUGAUUUUGUUACAUGGAUUUGGUGCCUCAGUUUUCUCAUGGAAACAGGUUAUGAAGCCGUUGGCCGAGGUUGCUGGUUCAAAAGUUCUCGCUUUUGAUAGGCCAGCCUUUGGAUUGACAUCAAGGGUAAAUUUAUCUAGGCAUCCUUCUUCAGAAACAGAAGACGCAAAACCUCUAAAUGCAUACUCAAUGGCAUUUUCCGUGCUUGCUACCCUGCACUUCAUUAAAUUACUAAAUGCUCAGAAGGUGAUUUUAGUGGGGCACUCAGCUGGUUCACUUGUAGCAGUUAAUACUUAUUUUGAAGCUCCAGAACGUGUUGCUGCUCUGAUUCUAGUUGCCCCAGCAAUUUUUGCCCCACUUACUACACGGAAAGUUGUUAAAGAAAAUCAAUCAGGACAUGAUAACCAAACGGAAGAAGACAACAGUUCCAUCAGAAAAAAUCCAAUUUUGGGGCUUUACAAGAUGUUGUCCAAGACUACCAAGUACAUUGCAGAGGCAAUAUCACAGAUGAUGAAGUGGACAAUAGAUAUCCUCAACUUUUGGUACAGAAAAUUGUUAUCAGCUAUCCUGCGUUCUUCCCUUGCUAUAAUGCUGGUAAGAAUGGCAAUUGAUAAGUUCGGUACUACUGCAGUUCGAAAUGCAUGGUAUGACCCAAAGCAGGUUGCUGAGCAUGUCCUUAGUGGUUAUAUAAAGCCUUUAAGGAUUAAGAAUUGGGAUAGGGCACUGGUGGAAUACACUGCAGCAAUGCUUCUGGAUGAGGAAUCUAAAACAAAGCCAUCACUUUCUAAAAGGCUUCAUGAAAUAUCAUGUCCUGUUCUGAUUGUAACUGGUGAUACUGAUCGAAUAGUCCCUUCAUGGAAUGCUGAGAGACUUUCACGAGUCAUACCAGGAGCAUCUUUUGAAGUAAUUAAGCAAUGUGGUCAUCUGCCCCAUGAAGAAAAAGUGGAGGAGUUCAUUUCAAUUGUUGAAAACUUCCUAAGGAGAUUAGUGAGUGAUUCAAACGAACAAUAUCUACAAGAAGCAACUGCAUAGAAGAUAUAAUAUAGGCAGACGCUAAUGCAGUUUGAUAAAAUGGACAAAAUUCAUUGAAGGCAUAUUGAUGCACACGCGUUAAAUUCAUCAAGCUCGAUGAUCUCUAUCUAGAAGUUGGAAAAAUGCUGAUAAGCAAUAACCUGUAACUCAUUGUUACACUAUAUUACUGCUAGCUUGCUAUAGUACUUGAAGAAAUCCUCUUUAUGUUUACCUGAAUGAAUGAUCUGUAACUACGUUCAUAUCAUAGGCCAUUGAACCUAGCAAAGACGUCUCUCAGAUGUAAAAAGACUUAUCAUUUAACAAGUGAUCUCUAAAUUGUUUAUUUGAUGUUGGGAUGUGGAUAACUGCAGGCAUUGCAGUUCAUGA